GCGGGACCGCGGCAGGCAUUCUGACACUAGGGGGAACUGACUUGGUCUCACUGACAUCCCCAUUGACACCAAUACAGUGAUCAGUGCUAAUAAAAAGCACUGACACUGUAUAAUGGCACCAAGCAGGAAGGGUUAACAUGUGGGUCGAUCAAAGGGUUAACUGUGUGCUGUUUUACUGUGUGGUGUGUGUGUGCUUCACUGUGAGCACACUGCUAAGCAUGGCUCUGCUAUGCAAAGCCAUGCAUAGCAGUGUGCAGAAGCUGACAGGGGAGAAAUUUGUAUUGUUUACUUACACGCUCCCUACCCGGAAAUGCAAAAUC